AUGAGCAUGAUCGACGUGCUGACCCGGGUGGACGCCAUCUGCAAGAAGUACGAGCGGUACGACGCCGACAAGCACCGGGGCGACGGCGACCCCUUCUCGCGCCUCUACGCGGCCGUCGACGCCGAGAUCGACGCCGCCGUCGAGAAAUCGGCUCGGGCGGCGAAGGAGAAGAACCGGGCGGCGUCGGUGACCAUGAACGCCGACGUGCGGCGGACCAAGGCGCGGCUCCUGGAGGAGGUGGUCAAGCUGCAGAAGAUAGCCACCAAGAAGGUGAAAGGGCUGUCGCCGGAGGAGAAGGCGCUGCGGGCUGAUCUGGUGGCCGCGCUGCCCCACAGGAUCCAGGCCAUCCCCGACACCCACGACGGCGGCGCCACAGACCAGGACGGCGGCUGGAAUGCUCGGCCAGGGAUCAAGUUCGAUGAUUCUUCAGUUGAAAAAUUAGAAGAGGGGUACUUUCAGACAAGCGAGCAAUCAGAGCAGUUCAGUAGAGAAUACGAGAUGCGGCGAACCAAACAGGAUGAAGGGCUGGACUUCAUCUCUGAAAGUCUGGACACGCUGAAGAGUCUGGCCGAGGACAUGAACGAGGAACUGGAUAGGCAGGUCCCUCUGAUGGAUGAGAUUGACACUAAGGUGGAUAAAGCUAAUUUAGAGAUCAAGAGGACCAACGUCAGGCUAAAACAAACUGUCAACCAGUUUCGAUCGACUAGGAACUUCACGAUUGACAUUAUCUUAAUAUGCAUCAUUCUUGGCAUUGCAACAUACCUCUACGAGUAA